AACCGAUACAGCCAAAACGACAAAUACCGUCGUUCCACGGAACAAAUCCUUCAGAUAACUAAGUUUCUCCUCCCGGAGACGCUUGCGUGGCGUCAGGAGUGUCUCGGAUUCGGCUGCAGGUAACAACGCAGUCUUUAUGCGCGCGCUGGAGGCGGAGGCAGCUCUGGGGCGGGGUGGACCGGAGGAUCCGGUUGCGCCCGGAGAGAAACACCGUGCUUCUCCUCUCACUGGCCACCGCAUGCUGCUGCAGCACAGAGCGCGCUGUCCUGGAGACUCUGGACCCUGAGACACGCUGGGACAUCUCUUCUGCUCUGUGAUGCUGGUAGACCUGUGAAGAUCAGAAGCAACACAUGAUGAAACAUGUAGAGGACUCUGAAUAGAUUAAGGAAGUCAUACAGAAGGCCUGGAAACUCUUUGGGAAAUAACAUACUGGGCUUUUCAACAACACCGGACUGUUGUAUGAAGUUAAAAGAAACGGAUGGCAAAUGACCAGCUUCCAGACUUUUUUUUAUGGACCGUAGCCAUGAACGUCUAAUGGCUAAACCUUCAAUGAAUGGUUUUGUCUUUUGGGUCACUGUGAGCACUGAAGAAUGGAGGAUCCAUUCCAGAAAUUCUCUCAAGGGUCUGUCAUGCUACCUCAAAGAAGAAUGAGCAAUUUUCACCAGAUGGAGAUAAGCACAUGUUGCUACUGAACUGGUCCAAUGGUUCAUUUGUCUGGACAGAGAACUAAUAGGAACCUAAAGAAGAGGAAGUGGCCGUAACUUGACCCAUGACAAAGUAUGUGCAUGAAGAGCCAGGCUGAAGUUAAAAGAGUGGGUGAAAUGGGACUCAACAGUAAAGUUUUAAACAAAACUUGCUUUGUGGUCUACAACUGGGAAAUAUGAGACUUUAGUUGACGAACAAAACACAAACAGUUCUUCUUCAUUUUAAUCAAAGACAUACCCUAGUGACUUCAACAAGUGGUUCUGGCAUGGGCGGCCUUUGGCUGAUCUUUAUGUCUUGUUUUUGAUGGUACGCAGAGAUGUCCCAACUUUAUUGAACUACGUCAUCCUACCCAACUUGUUGUUGAGGUUGUCAGCUGUGAUGCUGCGCAGGGGUCUGCUGGCCUGGCUCUCACGUGUGGGUGUUGUGUUAGUGGUGGUGUGUUGUUGUCUUUCCCUCCUUUAUGCCAUCACCUGCAGCCCCCAUGCUGAUGAGCUCAUGGCUGGGCAGCCCUUGCCCAGGGCUGGAGGGAUGGCUAUGCCAGGAGGACCAAGCAGGCCAGGUGGGGUUGGAGGUGCCGCUGUAGGCCCUGCUGGACUGGAAAGGUUCCAAGCCCUUCUCCAAGAGCGUGAAGAGCAGCACCGGCAGCAUAUUACCAGCUUGAAAAAACAAAUUGCUCAACUUAAAGAAGCUCUCCAGGAACGGAGCAAACAACUUAAAGGCAUGCAGGACUCUGUGGAGAAGACAGCUGGGAAGGGGACGGUGGGUGACGUGGCUGACGACCACAGUCACAGCGACCUGCAGGAGUUCCUACGCAGCCAGCUGAGCCGGGCAGAGGUGCACUCUGGCGUUCGACUUCCAAGCGAGUACGCUGUAGUGCCCUUUGAGAGUUUCACCUUACAACGUGUCUACCAGCUGGAAAUGGGGUUGACCCGUCACCCUGAGGAGAAGCCGGUGAGGAAGGACCGCAGGGAUGAGCUGGGGGAGGUGGUGGAGAGUGCACUGCACGCCCUCAAUGCACCAAAUCAAGGUGGAGACAAAACAAAAGCUAGCAAAGUCUACACACCAUCAGACUUCAUAGAAGGCAUAGCGCGCACCGAGAAGGACAAGGGCACGCUGUACGAGCUGACCUUCCGUGGAGAGCAGAAGCAGGAGUUUCGCCGACUGCUCCUCUUCCGCCCCUUCGGCCCCCUCGUGAAAGUGAAGAGUGAGCUGGUGGAGUCGGCCAACAUCGCCAUUAACAUCGUGCUGCCUCUGUCCCAGAGAGCCGACAAAUUCAGACAGUUCAUGCACAACUUCAGAGAGGUGUGUGUGAAGCAGGACGGCCGGGUGCACCUUACCGUGGUUUACUUUGGAAAGGACCAGAUGAAUGAGGUCAAAGGAACCUUGGAGAACACAUCGAGGGAGGUGAGUUUCCGUAACUUCACUCUGAUUCAGCUGAAUGAGGAGUUUUCUCGGGGUCGAGGGCUGGAUGUGGGCGCUCGUGCCUGGAAGGGAGGCAAUGUGCUGCUCUUCUUCUGUGACGUGGACAUCUUCUUCACGGCUGACUUCCUGAACACUUGCCGUCUGAAUGCCCAGCCAGGAAGGAAAGUGUUUUACCCCAUUCUCUUCAGCCAGUACAACCCAGCUGUAAUCUACGGCAGUCAUGAUCACAUCCCCCCUGUGGAACAGCAGCUGACCAUUAAGAAAGACACAGGCUUUUGGAGGGACUUUGGCUUUGGAAUGACCUGCCAGUACAGAUCAGAUUUCAUCAGUAUAGGUGGUUUCGAUGUAGACAUUAAAGGCUGGGGCGGUGAGGACGUCCACCUGUACAGGAAGUACCUCCACAGUAACCUGCUGGUGGUGCGUGCCCCGUCACGAGGUCUCUUCCACCUGUGGCAUGAGAAGCACUGCGCUGACGAACUGCCUCCAGACCAGUACAAGAUGUGCAUGCAGUCCAAAGCCAUGAACGAGGCCUCGCACGGCCAGCUGGGCAUGCUGCUCUUCAGACACGAGAUCGAGGCACACCUCCGCAAACAGAAGCAGCGGAGCGGAGCUAAAAAAUCUUGAUGGACGUUAUCGCAUGUAUACAUGCUCUUAAAGAGACAGGAAUGUUCUGUCCUUAUUUACUAAGCCUUGUGACGUUUGGUCUGUGGAAGCAGAGCUCUGGUUGGUCUUUUUGCUGUUUUUACAGUGAAUACUGACUGAAGCUUAUAAAAUCAUUUUAAAAGUGAGCUACGUGAAGCCCAAAAUUAUGUUUAUGAUACAAAUUUUAAAGAAUUGAAUCUUUUUAUUGAAUCACAUCGCAGAACCAGUUUGUAUGAUUUACUCAUUAUUCAGAAUGAUCUGUAAUUUUUUUUUCUCCUGUUUCUUGUUGUAUUGCUUUAGAAGUCUUGAAAUGUAGUAUAAAAAUAAUUACACUGCCAUCCAAAUGUUUGAAAUAAUUUAGAUUUUUAAUGUUUUUGAAAGAAUACUUUUGUGCUCAUCAAGGCUCAAUUUAUUUGAUAAAAAUACAGUAAAAUACAUUUGUAAGGCUACAAAAGAUUUAUAUUUCAAAUAAAUGCUGGUCAUUGAACUUUUUAUUCAUUUAAAAUCCUGGAAAAAAAUCCACAUAAAAAUAUAUUAAGCAGCAAAAACUGCUUUCAACAUGAAUAAUAAUAAGACACAUUAUUAAUAAUUGAGCACCAAUAAUAAUUGCUAAAAACUGAAAACCAAAUCAUCAUAUCAGAAUGAAUUCUGAAGGAUCCUGUGACACUGAAGACUGGAGUAAUGAUGCUGAAAAUUCAGCUUUGAUCACAGAAAUAAAUUACAUUUUAAAAUAUAUUAAAAAAGAAAACAGGUAUUCUGAAUUUUACAAUAAAAUAUUUCACAAUAUUAAAAUUUUUACUGUAUUUUUGAUCUAACAAAUUCAGCCUUGUUGAGCAUAAUUUUUAUAUGUUAAUUAUUCCCAAAUGUUUGAUUGUAAAUUGCAUGAAAAAGAGCAUCCUGUCCAUUUUUCAGAAGUUCUCCUUUUAUGUUCCACAGAGGAAGCAAUCAUUUGGUUCAACAUGACACGAGGGCGAGUAAAUGAAAACAGAAUUAUGUUAAGCAUGAGAGGGGAAGUGAAGAAAUUAUACAGUACUGCCUUCAGUGAAGAGCCGGUUUUAGCCAAACGGACGCACACACACAUGCAAACACUGAGAUAACAGACAGACAUUCCCUUAAGACGAGAUAGUCAUGUGUGGGGGCGCUGUAAAGGACCUUCAAGUCUCUUUGGAGAGUGAUACAAUAUGAUCACAGUAUUAGAGAUGCAGCACAUGAUGUGUCUGUAAUGCAGUCAAUGGGUUAUGCAGAUGACAUUUAGAUGAGACACUUUGUUUCAACUUUUUUUUUUUUAGAAUGCAAGUGAGAAAAAUGCUUUAUUGCUAUUAAUGUAUAAUGUGGGUACAUCAAUUCUAAAUAGUGAUGCGAUGAGUGAGAAGAAGACUGAGGGCUAAUGUAUGUUAUGUAGACAGCUGUGCUGAAACUUAUUUUGAUUUAUUAAUGUUGUGGUGCCGCCUUGUGGUGCCAUUUAUUAAAAUGGCCAGUGAGCUUAUGGUUUU